UAUUUCAUUCGUCAGUUGUGUCUGGUUCGUGGUGCAGAGAGGACAUGCGUUUGAUUGUUGCCGAGACUCGUGACUCCUCAGGAAUAUCGUCCCACGGCAUGUUGAUUACACGCUUGCCGCCCCAUGCGUGAUUCGUGGUUCCAGCUCGGGAAAAAGUUCUUGUGUGACACAUAAAGUAGGUCCCUGUUUAUGACAAAUGACCGCCGAGUGAUCUGUACUUCGGUUCGUAUAGAUCAGCAUUACAACGUUAAUAUUGAAAAUUAAAGAGAAGUUACGUGAGACUGUGUAUAAAAACAAAAUGAAAAGUUCUCAAUGUUAAAGAAAGGGCUUCAAAUACCAAAAAACUGUGCACAAUUCAAUAGCAAAAAGGAAAAAUGUUGAGCAAAGUGGUAUGGUGAAAUAUUGAAGUGGUUCAUGUAUUGAAGUGACGCAGAGAAAGUUGAUGAAAAUUGAAAGCGAGCUAAAUUGAUGUUCGAAUCGAAACAGGAAACGGAUACAAUGCUGCUGGUGUUGAACAGUUGGAUCGGACUCCUGCUUGGAAUCCUCUCGAUUUCAGCAUCUCUCGGUCUCAAACUCAAAACGGUGCGUAUACCACCGUACAAGUUUCGCAGUGAAUCAGCCCUUCUGGAAUGCCACUACGAGCUGAACGGUCAACGUAAAGGGCACAGUUCACUAGACGGCACUAAUCGGCGACAUCACGCCUACCAAAAUGACUAUCUUAGUGAACGCUACGAAGAGGAGGAAAAGCUCUACUCCAUCAAAUGGUACAAAGACAACGAGGAGUUCUACCGGUACGUGCCGUCCGCCUCGCAGCCGAUCAAGAGCUACAAAAUCGAUGGUAUCCGGGUCGAUCCGAACCAUUCCGACGGUACGAAGGUGUUGCUGCGUGGGUUAACACUCAAAUCCUCCGGUAUCUAUCGCUGUGAGAUCUCGGCCGAGGCGCCCAACUUUGAUUCGGUUCAGGGCGAAGGUCGGAUGGAUGUGAUAUAUGUUCCCAAAGACGGACCUCACAUAAGUGAUAACGAAGUGAAAAGUUAUCAAAUAGGCGAAACGAUGGAGCUAAACUGCACCUCGGGCCGUUCCUAUCCGGCCUCAACUCUCCAAUGGUACCUCAACGAUCUGCUCGUAACAGACCCAAACAACAUCAUUCACUAUCCAUCGAUACAAAGUCAACAUGGGUUGAUUACCACCUUUCUUGGGCUGAGCAUGGUCGUGAACCAUCGGCACUACAUCGAUGGAAUAAUUCGGAUAAAGUGUGUGGCAAGCUUAUCGCCCGUCUUAUGGCGUGGCGGACAGGAGAGCAUCGUCCAGUGGGAGCAACCAGCCAUCGACAAUCGUGUUGCCAUGCUUUUGGUAAAAAGUUCUGGGAACUUGCAAAGCCGAAAUCGUUUCCUGUACAUCGCAUUAGUGAGUCUGUUACUUUAUCUACAAAACGUUAUAAAUACAAGAAUAGAAUAAAGCCUGCGUAAACGUUAAGGAUCAAAAUCACCGUGUACAUUAAAAUCAUGAUUAGUGAUAAUUAGCAAUGGUUUUUGGGCUACAUUACUGUCAACCCGUAAACAACACAAAUCCACAAACAAAAUCUUGUUACAAAUGAUUAGUAGUGUGAGGAAAACGGCAGAAUCUUUCACAAGAGCUUAUUGUAACGAAACUAAACCAACCGCGGCCGCGUACUGUUUUCGAGAGGUACGCUCUUAAAGUACUCCAGUUAUCCAAAUGCAGUGUAAAACAAUCUACAUCGAAUCGAUUUUGUAAAUAGUACAUGAAACACAAAUUAGUUGAACAUUGAUUUCAGUACUCGAAUGUACUGACAAGCUUAAAAGGAAAACGAAGAUAUGCUGAGGAAACCCUAGGGGGUGGUGCAGAUAUAGCAAUCAUUUCAUCACUCUACUGCGGUGCAAUCAAAAACAAACGAAAUAUGGCAUUCGCAAGCGGAACAAUAAUCUACAUAACGUUCAGAUAGGAUACAAGUAGAAACCGAAUUCAACUAGUACAUUUGCUGUAGGUGGUCACAGCACAGCAGGAAAAUCAGUGGCGAAUUGUUUUGCAUAGAAACGAGAAGAACGCAAGAAAAGGGUAAAUAAACUUGUUUUUUUGGGGAAAAAA